UACGUCACAUCCGCGGGGCGGGAUCACAUGACGCUGACUCCACGUCUGAUUGGGUGGGGCCAUCUACGCGCUUCCGCCGGAAGUGGGGGGUGGGUUACUUCCGGUGUGGUUGGAGCAGGGUGGCUGAGUUUUGUCACAGAAGAAGAGGAAGCCAUGGUGUGCAUCCCUUGCAUUGUAAUACCAGUUCUUCUCUGGGUCUACAAGAAAUUCCUCGAGCCCUACAUCUAUCCCAUUAUUGCUCCUUUCAUUAAGCGUGUGUGGUCCAAGAGAGCUGUGCAAGAAACAGGCACGAAACAAGGCCAAGGAGGCAGUGCUGGAAAUCCGCAGGCACCUUCAGCCACACAAAGAGAUAAGGGGAAUGAAUCUGGAAUUUACAAGUUUGAAAGCAAUGGGUUUGCAAAUGGAAUUUCUGCAAAGGGAUCUACAGACGUGUCUGACAAGAAAGCAGAUUAGAGGAAUUCAUUCCUACGGAUUUCAUUCCCUUGUGUCCAACAUGAACUGGUGAUUGCUCUUGCUCACACUGAGACUUUGUUCUUUGCACAUUUCAGCUGAGUAAAACCCCUUACCACUUACAGGAGAGGUUCUCUUUUGCCACUAAAAUGGCAGCUAGCAAAUUUCUUAUAUGAAAUGUUUGAAAACUGCAUUAAGUUAUUCUUUAUUUUCCUCACUGGAACCACUUGGCAUCUAUAAUCUAUUUGACAUAAUUAGAGAUUAGAUUAAGUAGUUUGUGGAUAAGUCUAGCUAAAUGUGUUGCUUAGUUUCGCUCGCUGUGAAUGCAGUACUUCAGGCUUCCACUUGAAAACUGCAGCCUUGACCUUGUUAAAGAACUAUUAAUUACAUUGUGGCAACAUAAAUAUUAUGGUCAAAAUUAUGAAGAGUAGAGCCUGCCAUGUGAAAUUUGUGGAUGAACUAAAGGAGUUACGCUGUGCACAAAGUUUUCUUAGCUUACUAGAAAUAGGAAGUCUCGAUUUGAUACUUUCAGUCAUUUUUUCCUUAAUGCUCUACCUUUCUUUCCUGAAAAGGAUUGGCAAGGACAUGAUGCAAGAGAAUUGUUGCUUUACAUUCUGUUGCAGUGGUUUCAAAUGAUACACGUGUAUCUUUAAGAAAAAAAGACUAAAACCUCUUUCAACAUGCUUGUGUAAUUUGAAUUAUAAUAAAGCAGGACUUUAUUUAAAAAUUAAA